GCCAAUAGGAAGCGUGUGGGCGGGGCCGCAGUGCCCGUGGGUCGGUCACUGCCAAUGGGCGCGGGCCGGCGGAGCGGGGCGGUCAUGGCGGCGCUGCCGGUGCUGGCGCUGCUGCUGCUGCUGGCGGGCUGGGGCGGGCCGGGCGCCGCGGGGCAGAAGCGCAAGGAGAUGGUGCUCUCAGAAAAAGUGAACCAGCUGAUGGAGUGGGCGAGCAAAAGAUCCGUUAUUCGGAUGAAUGGAGACAAAUUUCGACGCCUGGUGAAGGCACCACCCAGAAAUUAUUCGGUGAUUGUGAUGUUCACUGCUCUUCAGCCUCACAGACAAUGUGUUGUGUGCAAACAAGCCGAUGAGGAAUACCAGAUCCUGGCAAACUCCUGGCGAUACUCCAGCGCAUUCACCAACAAGAUUUUUUUCGCUAUGGUGGAUUUUGAUGAAGGCUCGGAUGUAUUUCAGAUGCUAAACAUGAAUUCUGCUCCGACCUUCAUUAACUUUCCUGCUAAGGGGAAGCCCAAGCGGGGCGACACGUACGAGCUCCAGGUGCGCGGCUUCGCGGCCGAGCAGCUCGCUCGUUGGGUGGCCGACAGGACCGACGUCAACAUUCGUGUGAUACGGCCACCGAACUACGCGGGGCCGUUGAUGCUGGGGCUGCUGCUGGCUGUCAUCGGAGGCCUCGUGUAUUUGCGUGGAAGCAAUCUGGAUUUUCUGUAUAACAAAACUGGCUGGGCAUUUGCUGCUUUGUGUUUUGUUUUGGCAAUGACAUCAGGCCAGAUGUGGAACCACAUCAGAGGCCCACCCUAUGCUCAUAAGAAUCCCCAUACAGGACAAGUGAACUAUAUCCAUGGAAGCAGCCAAGCGCAAUUUGUGGCAGAAACACACAUAGUUCUUCUCUUCAAUGGUGGCGUUACUUUAGGAAUGGUUCUCCUCCAUGAAGCUGCUACUUCUGACAUGGAUGUGGGCAAAAGAAAAAUCCUGUGCAUUGCUGGCAUUGGCCUGGUGGUGUUGUUCUUCAGCUGGCUGCUGUCUAUCUUCAGAUCUAAAUACCACGGCUACCCGUACAGUUUUCUGAUGAGUUAAAGGAUUCCAGAAUCUGUAUCACUGGAAAGGCGGUGACUGAAAUUGCAUGGAAUGGAAGAGCUCAAUAUGGAUGGUUCGUGCUACCUCUCUUUCCACUGAAUGAGACAGUUAAACACGGAACCAAAGAUGACACGUAGUGCCUUAAAUGUAACAAGCAAUUUGCUCUGAAAGACACAGAGUAUUAAGAUGCAAUCUCUACUUCAUAAGCUUUACAUCUUCUUAAAAAUCUCUACUUCUGGUGAAAUUCCGAAUUAAUGCUUAGAACCACAUUUCUGUAGACUAACUAGAAACAGUAUUUGAAAUUCAGCCUGAUAAUCUGUUUUCCAUACAUUUCUUUGUCCCUCCGGUAUUUAUCAGCGUAUUUGCUGUUUGUGCGCAGCAGGUGGCCAGAGCUGCUCUGUCGUGCCUUUUCACCGUUGACAAAACAUCUUCAUGCACCUGGAAAUCUUUUCCUUCAGUCUGUGUGCAGCCCUUGGAGCACACUCCGAAUUCCGGUGUGGAAUGUGCCUAUUCCGAGAGCUCUGUCUCAUUGUGGAGAAGAGUAUGCAGCUACUGUGUGAGGCAAGAGGCUGCUUCACAGAUGAAGGGUGAUUUUUCUACAGGUAGAACUGAGUUAUUAAUGCAGUUAUUCAUUAAAGCUUUCUUUGCCACCUGCUGAGACUGCAAAUUUUAAGUUACAAAUGUUGGCUCAGAGCGGAAAAGAGGGUCUUACACUGCCCAGCACUCACACUCUAAAAAUACAAACUGAAGGCACAAAGGUAACCAGCUGUUUGUAGCACGAAUUAAGGGUUGCUAAUGGGCUUUCAAGUUGCUGCUCGGAGCCCUAACAAACCAAUUGGUGUCAGAUUUGGGGUCACUGGGUUAAAUUCUUGCAUUCCUCAUUUGCUUUCUCCAAGUUUUUAUCCUUGGGGAGGACACAGAUAUCUGAUCCCAGGAUAAACAGUGCUGCCGCGGGAAGGAUUCGUCAGCCUUACAACUGAACACGCGCGCUUCUUGCUGUCCCCUGGUGUUCUCUCAUCCCACAAAGAGCCUUUGCCUCGAGGAUUCCUGAGGGAAGACGUUGUGCUCAGCGCGCUGUGUGCGGUUCAGCACCUGUACCACAGGGAGCCCCUGGGGGGCCUCGGAGGUUACUGCCCACAAGAAAACGGGAUCAGACUCUGGUCUCCUGCUUCUGCCUCUCCCCGUCUCAAGAGGUUACGGAAUUUGGAUGCUUUAGGCUCAGAAAGGACUUGAUCAUUCAAAGUAGAAGGUUAUUCUUAUGCAAUUUUGCUAAAUUAACAAAUAUCUCAAGUGCCUUAACUCCACUACUUUAGUUGUUUGAUGUUUCAGCUUGUUGAGAUGCAUUUUUUUGUAUGCCAUACACAAUGACAAGCCUUAGUGGAAUGCAUCAGUUUUGUGCCUGACUGGAUUUUGGACAAGUUUCAAUAAAAUUUCUUAGUCUAA